UUAUUUCACUAUUACGGCGAAAACUAAUAGCACGAUUCGAUUCAGCGGCUCAAAAUACAUGGGAAAAUAUACUUCCAAAGUUAAAAUUCCAAAAUUUUCACAGGUUUUCAGAACGAUAAACGUUUUGACCCUUUUUUAACAUGAAAUCCCAUAAGAAACUUCGGGUGCUUUGAGGCACGUGAAAAAUCGAUGCUAUGGGUUCAAAACCUAUAUGCGCAUGGUUUUUGAGGUAUAUAGAAGCUAUAUUUGCCCGGCCCAAGUGAACAAAAAAAAAAUAAUUAAGGUCCACCCUAGUAUACAUACCAUCGUGGAUAUACUACGAGACUUUACGUUUUUUGGAGAAAUCGUCAGUGGAAAACGGGUCGACCGGAAAUUUGGAUUUGAAUUUUGAUCCAGAGCCUUCAGUGAAAACUGAGCCUACAAAUCAGAAGUUGCUAAGUAUGAGCAAAAAGAAAAAUCAGAUUGCUGAAGAGCUUCUUCAAAUAGAAAAUAAAAAAUUCUCGCUUAUAGAGCAGUCAUUGAACAGUAGUGAGAAUUGUACGAACGAAAGAGACAAACUACAUAUGAGUUUUUUUGUACCGCUACUUCCGUCUUCGCGACAAAUAAGUGAUCACGACAUUCUUGUGUGCAGAAAUGACAUUUCUCACAUUGUCUUCAAAUACGCAUACAAGGGGGCUGCGUGGAAAUCGCUUAACCAGGAUAAAGUCGAGUCAGCUCGUGGUAUCAAAAGAAAAAUUGACGAGGAUGAUGAUUGCCAGAUCAUGAGUUACAUUCCACCUCCUGCACAACUGAAUCACAUUAUGAAAAUUAAGGAAGAAAAAGAGGAGAAAUAUCGUCCAUCUUUGACCGAACGUUAUCUUGAACGACGGAACUGUAGCGAAUCGACAAUAAUGCCAUGGAUUGGAAGGCAUACCCGGGACCAUGUUUCCAGUACACCACUAAACUGGAACAAUCGUGAUUGUCAUACUCAAAGUGUUACAGCAGGACCAUGUUCAUCUGAAACAAUCACUCAUCCAUCCAGUAACCUGCACUGUAGACCUUCUCUGACUGGUGGCAAUUAUCACAAAGCCAUCACACCGCGACCAUCGGCAACAGUCACUCAUCCACCCAGAGACCUGCACUCUGGAACUCCUCUUACUGGUGAUGAUCAUGGCCAAAGUAUUUAUCAACAGACAGAAAAUGUUGAUUAUUUGAAUCACAGAACUAUCUCACCACGAUAUUCACCUGUAACAGUCACUCACCCGACAACUAACGAGCGCUCUGGAACUCUGACUGGUGCUAAUCUUGGCCAAGGUAAGAAGUCAGCGUGUAAUUGGUUUUAAUCUGAUUUUCUAAUCAAGUAUUAAUGCAUUAAAACUGAUAUAAUCGAUUAAGUCCUGUUAAGACCAAUUGUACAGUUUAAUCUGUUUUAAUCGGAUUAUGUUAGUUAUAUGAGAAAAAAAUUGUUUUUUUCAUGAAAUACAAUUUAUUAAGUCUGAUUAGAAUCAAUUAAAUUUUAUAACUGGUCUUUAUAGGAUUUAAUUUAUUAUAUCAGUUUUAAUGCGUAAAUACUUAAAUCAAAAAUCAGAUUAAAACCAAUCACAUGCUGAAUUGGUUUAAAUUGGUUCCAAUAGGACAUUUU